UCUAGAUCAGGGGAGGGGAAUCUGUUCCUGCUUUUCUCAUUAUUUCUGUCCUAGCCAUGGACCACCUGAAACCACCUGAGAGCCUUGCCCAGCUUUGUCAGGCCUGCUCUGUGAACAGCACCCAGGACAGUCCCGGAGGAACUGCUUGGCUCAGAGACAGACACACAAGCAACCAGCAGUGCCACGAACUCAGCUGGAGGAGCGGGUCAAGGAGAGCAUCCUGGAGGAAGUCACACCCUAGGUGGAUCUGAAAGGGUGGAGCCUGCAGGCAGGAGCCACCAUCUGCUGCCCCACAUAGAGCAGCCACUGCACCCUCAGCCAGAAUAGUUCAGGACACAGAAAGGGGUGCCCAACAGCAGGCCUGCCAGCUGAGCGUCCUGCCUUCUGAGCUUCCGGGGAGGAUCAGCUGGCCUGGGUCGUCGUGCUUCACUUCCCUGUCCCCACCGCCCACCUCCCGGAGGAGAAGCCGAGGCCUGAGAGGGAGUUGUCCCCGCAGCCCACCUGCCCGAUGCCGGCCUGGGCGGCUCUGUUGCUGCUCUGGGCGGCCGUUCAGGCGGCCGAGGACUGCCCGGCCGCCUGUAGCUGCCGCACCCUGGACACCAUGGGGCUGGAGGUGGACUGCCAGAGCCGGGGACUCGCGGCCCUGCCCGCCCUGCCGGCCCACACGCGCCACCUCCUGCUGGCCAACAACAGCCUGCGCUCCGUGCCGCCCGGCGCCUUCGACCACAUGCUCCAGCUGCAGACCCUCCAACUGGCAAACAACCCCUGGCACUGCGACUGCGGCCUCACGUACUUGCGCCUCUGGCUGCGGGACCGCGCCCCGGGGGAGCUGCCGCGCGUGCGCUGUGCGAGCCCCGGCCGCGCCUCCGGCCGCGCGCUCAGCCAGCUCAGCGGCUCGGAGCUGGGAGCCUGCGGCUGGAGUCUCCGGGCGUCCUGGGCGUCCCCGGGUGGGCCGUGGUUGGACGUGGCGCUGGCCGUUGUGGCCGCGCUGGGCCUGGCUCUGCUGGCGGGCCUGCUGUGCACCGUCUAGGCCCUGGGCGGUGCUACCGCCCCCGGAGCCCAAAAUAAACCGGCAGCUCAGAGAUGGGUUUCCCAUUAGCACGGGAGCCUGGCUCCUUCUGGAAACCAGCGUCCCUCAGUUGGGGCUUCUCUGUUGUGCACCCGCUCCAAGUUCCUAGUACAAUGAUUUGCCCCACCUCCACGCCCCUCUCCAGGCACCUGCAGUUUCACAAUCUCUGGACACCCCUAGCCCUUCCCCUGCGCGUCCUGGGAGACUGGGUCCUGGGAGACCCUCUCAAAGCUGCAACAUCUGCUUCCUACACGGCCUCCCGCAGCCCAGACCAACCGACCGUCAACAUCCAGCCCCUCUCCAAGCUCCAGGAAACCUUGUCCUCAGACACAGCAGUGAGCAGAGAGGGACGCAUGGACCCCGGGUGGAAGGCUAGGGGCUAUACCUGUCUCUGUGACAGACAGGCCUUGGAAGGCACAUCACUGUUUCCCAAAUGGCCUUUGACUCUCUGUUCUCGCCAUGAGGGCACCCCAUCUUUUGUCAUCUUCUGCUCUCUCUCUCUCUCUCUCCUUUUCCUCCUCUGCACUCUUCCCCAGAAACAAAACAACAAAUUCCUCCCUUUCCUGUGGAAGCAGCCCCCCCUCUUCAUGCUAGGGUCAGACACCCUCAAGGUCUGAGCUCUCCCCUCCCCCCAAAAAAGUCACCCAAAUCGCCAAACAAGAGAGCAGAAUCUGGUGCCAGCAGUUCAAUAAUACUUUUCUCCACCAUAUCAGAUAACAAACAAAUCAAUUAUACCAAGGUCCCCCUCUCAAGGAGGGCCAAGUGAUAGACCUGUGGGUCAGAAGGUGACACAGGAAGGCCAAAGGGACACAGAGCAGCACUGGGGGUCACUGGCCCAUAGAGGUGAGGCUGGAAGAGGAGCCCAAACUUGGGGCAGGUGGACAGAGGGAGUGGUAGGGACUUGAGAAACCACAGUGCCUGCCUUCCACCUGGCGGCCCAGCUGAAUGUUGCCAUGUGGAGAGGUGCACCAGGUGCCCAGUGUUCCAUUUCUCCAGAGAGGCUGGGAAACCAGAUUUUUACAUAGAAUCUCUGAAUUAUUCAAGUAUUGGCAACUAAAUUUAAUUUUUUAAAAAUAUACUUCAACAAAUAAAAACAUAUUAAUUGACAAGAAUAGUCCACAGGCUGAGAGUUUGGUUUCUGCCUUAGGAAUCAUCUGGCAUCCACUUGCAGGGCACUUAGUAUGUGGGAGGCCCUGCAUGAAGCCACACAAAGGGGUCUUUUUCUGCAAACCGGGUGAGGAGGUACUGUCUUUCUGGACCAUGUGGAGGGGCACUCAGGCCCAGGCCCAUAGUCACUUCACAGGCACAGGCAGGUCCUCUGGGCCCCGGCCUUGGUAUCCCAUCUCAGAGUCCAGGAGUGGGCCUGGUGCCCUCUGAGUUUACUCAGGUCUGGGCAGUCCCCUGGGGUGGGCAGAGGCAAGGGAGGGACAGCCUCGCCCAGGUCCGAGCCCCUGGGGUCGUGGGAGCCUUGCUCAGACUGGCCUGGGCAUGGGUUUUUCUUCCAAGGUCUCCUCGCCUUCAGGGAGAGCAGGCCAUUCAUACAGCAAGACUUUCUCGUCCCUGCAAAGAUGGUGGCAGGUGCCUGGAGAGCAGCCCAUCUAGAACAUCCAGGCUCCAGGACUUCCUGACUCUGGCAGUGAGAAACAGGAGACCCUGCCCCAGCCCUUAAGUUUACAGACAUACACACCCCUGCCACCACACACACAUGCACAUGCGCACACUUGAGCAUGCACCCUGGGGCUUCCCAGGAAGGGAGGCAGGCAUCACAGGAGCUGGUGUCCCACAUGAGGAAACUAGGCUCUGACAGAGAAAUAUCUCGUCCAGGGUCACUAGCCAGUCCAGGAAGACCUGGGGUUAGAGUGGAGGUUGGUCUGACCCCCCAGUGUCAGUCUGUCCUGAGCAGGAGGGGCAGAUGGGGGCCAUGCCCUCCCCAUCAGCAGAGACCCCAUGUGAGGGACCAGGAACAGACCCCGAUUAUUUUGGGGGGCUAUGGAUUCAUGGACUUUGGGAUCAGGGCCCUGAUCCAGGCACUCAGCAGCUCCUUGAGCCUACUGUGUGCCUGGCUCUGCGCCCCAUGCUGGUCGGGGCGAUAUGUAUGUUGGGGGUGGGUGGUGUAGGGGAACAACCCAGACCUGCCAGGGCAUCUCAGGUCCUGACUUGGAAUAACAGCCUGCCUGCCCAGGACCACAGGGCACACAAACAGACUCCCAGCCCUGGGCAUGUUGGCGCACCUGAAAAAAAUCAAGGGUGGAGGGCUGGUAACACACCCCUCCCAGGCAUGGAGAUGCAUGAGGGAUACUGGGCUUGGUCCCCAACCACCUCCCCAACAUAAAGCCAGCUGAAGGAGCCUGGGGCCCAGAGAAGUUCACAGGUAUCCCUGAGGCCCUGAUUGCUUCUUCAUGGUAGGAGGUGGGGGUGGGGAUCCCCUCAUGGGUCUGGAACAGAGGGAGGGUCUCAACGGGGCUCCAAG